AUGUCAGAAAACACUUCAAGUAAAAGUCAGAUUGAGAAAGCGUCAUCAAGUUUUUUUUUGAAAGUAUGCUGUUUAACAUCUGGAAGACAUUGUAGUAAUGUACGGAAACGUGUAUCACAAAAGUCUGAGUUUCAGGAAUUAGAAGAGUCAUUGCGUGACCUGGGUGGAUUCGCAGUACCACGUGGCUUCUAUGAAAGAGAUGCACAGAUUGAGCAACUCCUAAAUAUUUCUAAUGCCAAACGGCAUAUCCGAAAAAUUCAGGAUUAUGCAGAAACCGACAAAGUUUAUGCACCUGCAGAUCUGAUUAUUGUCGAUUUCAUGCUGUCAGUUGGCUGUCUAUUAUUAUUUGGUUGGUUAAUGUUUGUAUAUGUCGAAAAAUACAGGAGUGACGACGAACCAGGGUUUGGAGACGUUGAGGCUGAAGUAAACCGUGCUAUAUUAAGUGGAAUUUCUAAUCGCUUUAUCUAUGGAAGUCCAAAAGUUGAUGCGAUUAGUGACAUUGCAGAUUCUGAGCGUACAGAAUCAAGUGAUGCAGACCUAUCUGAAAACGGUCUUAAAAAUGGUCUUACUUCUAAAGCUCAAACAGCUGGGAGCCCGAGACAUGAGCUUCAGAAAGAAGCCGUGGUGUGUGACGAGUUGGGUAAAACUGACAUGGCAAAGAGGCUUACAAGUACAGAAGAAUGCUAUGCAUUUGAGAGUUUCUGUUUAGAAGCGUUUAAAAAUGCAGCAUUUGCAAGAAAAGUCUAUCUUAGCAAAGAAGAAGAUAGCGAAUAUACAGGUGGCUUAAGAGAGUUUGACAAAACUGGUCAAGAAAGAGUUUCGACUGCGACACUGAGAGGCAGUUUUGCAGCUUUGCAAAAUCUCGGAAGCAGUGACGUGGGAGACAAUGAUGGCGGAUCACAACUUUCAGUCGUUAAAUCAGCUGAGGAUUCAUUGAAAAGCGAAGAAGUUGACGAAUAUUUGACAUAA